AAAGCAGCACAAAAUUUGCUUAAAACCCACUUUAUUUGCCUCACCUAUCUUAUUAUUCUCUCUCUCUCUCUCUCUCUCUCUUAAGUCUUAGCUUGAGGUCUAAGUACAAUUUUUCUCUAGACUUCUUGGAAUAAUUGAUUAUCUUUGAUAUUUUCCUCUCAAACAUUAAUGUUGAUGACUUUAUAAUCUCGCUUCCAUAAAUAAAUUAUCUCAGAUAGCUAUAAGACACGCAGUCACUGUUGAAAGGUUGGUACAGAAAUACUCAGUCAAAUGGGGCGCCAUUCUUGUUGUGUGAAGCAGAAGCUAAGGAAAGGAUUGUGGUCACCUGAAGAAGAUGAGAAAUUAUGCAAUUAUAUUAACCAAUUUGGUAUUGGCUCCUGGAGUUCAGUCCCUAAGCUAGCUGGUCUGCAAAGAUGUGGAAAGAGUUGCAGAUUGAGAUGGAUAAAUUACUUAAGGCCUGAUCUUAAAAGAGGAACGUUCUCACAGGAUGAAGAGGAUAGGAUAAUUAGUCUCCAUCAAGUUCUCGGAAACAGGUGGGCACAAAUUGCUGCACAAUUACCAGGGAGAACAGAUAAUGAGAUAAAGAAUUUCUGGAAUUCGAGUUUGAAGAAGAAGCUAAUGAAGCAGGGGAUUGAUCCAAACACCCACGAGCCACCUAAAGAGAAUCAGGUAAUUAGAAAUGAAGAGAAUUGUACAAAUAAGACCUCAAUGUUGCAGAUACCACAUCUUAAUGAAAUGGACCAUCCAUUUCACAUGAAUAAUAGAAGUUUCAACAGUGAGGCAAAUGGACAAUUAACAGAAGUUUUCGAUCUUCUAUUUCCUCAUGAAUUCCAAUCCAAUGCGAAUCCGAGUGAGUAUAAUUCAGAAGUGUUAGCUCAAUACCAUGAUCAUCAUCAGAGCGAAUUCGAGAAAAACCCAAACUAUGGGUUUUGCUCAGCAUCAAGUGUAACAAAAUUAGAGCAUGGACACAUGACAGAAAUUGAUUUUGCUAGCAGCUCAACUUCAAGAAUGAGUUCAAGUAACAGUUCAAAUAUGUGUAGCAAUCAAAAUACGGCUGGAAUUCGGAUGAAUGGAAUGUCAGAAAACAGUGAAUCCUUAUCAUGGGAUGUUGAGAACAAAAUGGAAUCACUGUUCCAGUAUCCUUACAUUGAGAUCAAGAAUGAAGAAUUGAAGUCAAGUCCGAGCCAAGAAAGAGAGCUAUAUGGUCACAGUUCUGGAGAUUUCAUGAGUAAUUAUCCAUUGAGUUCCUUAACUGAAGAGUUAAGUGGGGCUAAUCUAGAUGCCUUCCAGCAAAUUUAAACUGUAAACUCGAUUUGUUUAUUGUCUUCUUUUUUAUUCUUGAUUUCUUAUUUUCUUCUUUCCUAUAUACAUAUAAAUAUACAAAAGUACUAUAAUAGGCUGGUGA